ACACAGACACGCACGCUGCCUCAACGACCAGGCUUUACUGACGGAGCAACGUGCAGAGAGAUGCCAGACUGCGAGGAGCGACUGAACGGAACGGAGGUGCGCUACAGUCAACCCAACCUUCUCGCGUAAAACGUAACCGUAACCUGCAUUUAAAAGUGAACAAAGUAGAGCAGUGACUGCAUUCAUCUGUGCUAUCAUUUGAUGUAAAAUAUUUUAUUUGAUGACUUGCAGAAAUUGUAAAACAACCACGGACUGCUAUAUUCCAAGGGACGAGAAAGCAUCGCCCGCAGAUUUUGGAGGUAACGGAGCUACUCUCCAAGCAUUCUCCAGGGAAAAACGUCAAACUAUCGGAUCCUGAGGUGGCAAUGGAUCUAACCUGUGCAAUUCUUCAGUCAUGAAUACGAGGGAUACGUUUAAAUGAUACUGAUAUGCGCUGUGUCCGCGGACAGAUAGACGUCUUUUCCCUGAUACAUUUUAAAGACGGGCUGAGACUGCCUCUCUGCGAACGGUCAGACUCCCAUUAAACGUACCCAAGGCUGAAAUUCCACGGAGAAGUUGAGAGACUACAUUCAACAAAAACACACUAUCUUUACCAACCAAUCCUAACACCCUUAGUUAAUACACCAUUAUUUAUGGGACAAGGAAAAUACUAUUUGUAUUUGUAGGAUAUCAAAGACUGGAGGAGGCAAGAAUCAACAAACCAACACCAACAGCUGCAAGACAUUAGCGGCAACCUAUUUUGCAAGAUGGAUAUUUUAUCGUCAUUGUUUGGAUUUUUAUUGGCUCUUUGUCUGACACUGAAAGUGCACGGCGAAGAUGCGGUGCUGUGUGGCGGGCAGGUGGAUGCCAGUGUUGCCGGCUACAUCACGUCUCCGGGGUACCCGUUGGAGUACCCGCCCCACCAGAGCUGCCAGUGGGUGAUCACGGCGCCCGAGCCCUCACAGCGCAUCGCCCUCAACUUCAACCCACACUUUGAGCUGGAGAAACUGGACUGCAGGUAUGACUUCAUCGAGAUCCACGACGGGAGCUCGGAGGCGUCGGAGCUGCUGGGGAAGCACUGCAGCAACAUCGCCCCGCCACCUAUCAUCUCCUCCGGCUCCACCGUCUACAUCAAGUUCGUCUCCGACUACGCCCAUCAGGGGGCCGGCUUCUCGCUGCGCUACGAGAUCUACAAGACAGGAGCGGAGUAUUGUUUCCGGAACUUCACCAGCCCGUCGGGGGUGAUCGAGUCCCCAGGCUUCCCCGACAAAUACCCCCACAACCUGGAGUGCUCCUUCAUCAUCAUCUCCCCGCCUCGCAUGGAGGUCACCCUCACCUUCCUGACCUUUGACUUGGAGAACGACCCCCUGCUGCUGGGCGAGGGUGACUGCAAGUACGACUGGCUGGACGUGUGGGACGGCCUGCCUCAGGUGGGGCCACUGAUUGGCCGUUACUGCGGCACUAAGAUCCCGCCGGAGAUCCAGUCGUCCACAGGCCUUCUCUCUCUCACCUUCCACACUGACAUGGCCGUGGCCAAAGACGGCUUCUCCGCCCGCUACAACAUGACCUACCGGGAGGUCAGCGACACUGCCUUCCACUGUAGUAACCCCUUUGGCAUGGAGUCGGGCCGCAUCUCAGAUGACCAGAUCACGGCCUCGUCCUCCUACUAUGACGGACGCUGGUCCCCCCGCCAGGCUCGCCUAAACAAUAUGGACAACGCCUGGACUCCUAAUGAAGACAGCAACAAAGAGUACAUACAGGUGGAUCUCCAUUUCCUCAAGGUACUGACUGGCAUCGCCACUCAGGGGGCCAUAUCCAAGGAUACCCAGAAGUCCUACUACGUCCUCACUUUUAAGCUUGAGGUCAGCACCAACGGAGAGGACUGGAUGACCUACCGCCACGGCAAGAACCACAAGAUUUUCCACGCUAACACAGACCCGUCGGAAGUGGUGCUGAAUAGAGUUCCCCAGCCGGUACUGGCUCGCUUUGUUCGGAUCCGACCGCAGACGUACAACAAUGGAAUUGCCCUGCGCUUUGAGCUCUACGGCUGCCAAAUCACAGACGCACCGUGCUCUGAGCUGCAGGGCAUGCUCUCCGGUCAGCUGCCCGACUCCCAGAUCUCGGCCUCGUCCUCGCGAGAGCUCCACUGGAGCCCCAGCGCCGCCCGGCUCGUGGCCAGUCGCUCCGGCUGGUUCCCCCAGCCCACGCAGCCUCUGGCUGGGGAAGAGUGGCUGCAGGUGGACCUGGGGAAGGUCAAGACGGUGCGGGGACUCAUCACCCAGGGGGCCCGGAGCACAGAGGCCGGCGGCACCAGCGCCGAGAACCGGGCCUUCGUCAGGAAGUACAAACUGGCCCACAGCCUGGACGGGAAGGACUGGAACUGGAUCAUGGACAGCAAGACAAGCACACCCAAGGUGUUUGAGGGGAACACCCACUUUGACGCUCCGGAGCUGCGGCGCUUUGAGGAGAUCCCCGCGCAGUUUCUCCGAGUUUAUCCCGAGCGCUGGUCUCCCGCCGGCAUUGGAAUGAGGAUGGAGGUGCUGGGAUGCAACCUGCCAGAAACCAGCACUGUUCCUGAGAGUACGACCCCGACCACGGCUCCGCCACCCCAGCCAGGCACCAGCGACCUCCUCAGCAGAGCCCCCAGCACUCCCCCAUCAUCUCAGGAGGGGGUGUGUGACUUUGAGCGGGGAUUGUGUGGGUGGACUCACGACCCGGCCUCUGGUCUAGUCUGGACCCUGCACAUCUCCAACGGAAGCCCCACACCCAGCCUGGACAUCGCCCUGGGCUCCAACAGUCUGGGGAACUACCUGUACAUGGAGGCUAGCCCAGAGAUGGAGGGCCAGCGAGCCCGACUCCUGAGCCCCGAGCUGGGGGCCGACGUGGGGCCACUCUGCCUGCUUUUCUCCUACCAGCUGGUGGGGCCAGGGAGCUUGCGGGUGUUCCUGAGGAACCCCCACCUGGAGGAGACCCUCCUCUGGUCCCAGAGGGGGGACCAGGGCCUGGUGUGGAAAGAAGGCCGCACCAUCCUCCCCCGCUCCCCGAAAGAGUUCCAGGUGGUGAUUGAGGGGCUCUUUGAGCACAGUGGCAAAGGCCACAUCUGGAUCGACAGCGUCCACAUGAACGCGAGCACGCCGCUGGAGGAGUGCACCCAGCCGUUUUCCUCGUUCCCUCCGGUUAUUAAAGGGGGAGCCCUUCCUGACGGGAGUCACCCCACACUAGCCACCCGCACAGUGCCGCCCAUGCCCCCCAACUGGUAUUACAUACUGGCGGGCGGAGGCGCCAUCUUGAUCCUGGCGACCGCUGUGCUGGCCGUGGCCAUAUGCAGCCAGCGGCGCCACACGUCGGCCCAGAAGAGCCUGCCGGCCGCCGCCUACUACAGCCCCCAGACCUCGCGCUACCCCGGGGGAAGCAGCAGUGGUCGCCUUGGGGCAGAUCCAGCAUUGACAGUUUGGCUCGACAAAGAGGACGGCUGCUCCCAUUACUGAAUGAGCCGGCGGGGGGCCCCAGAGAACGUUCAAAUCUCUCCCUCCUCCGGACUUCCUGACACUUUCUGAACCAAUCGGAAGCCGAGGAGACAGUGAGAGACGAUGCCGAUGACACGCAACCAAACCCAAACUGUGAACCUCACUUUUUCACUGAGUUGGAUCAUUGAUCAGAAAUGUACAUUGGAGAAAAAAGGCAGGAGCGGUGUUUCCUCUCUCCUCUCAGUGGAUGCUGCCUUGGCAACUGUCUUAGACAAAAGGAGAAAAGAUCCUACUUAUAGAUUUCCUUUUCGACUCUGAGUCUUUCUCUGUCUUUUUGUCUUCCUUUGUUCGCGCCAUUCGUUGUUAGAUGCUGUUAUAAGUCCAGUGGAGCUGUCUCGGGCUCCACAGCUAAGCCUGUUUACUAGAGACGCCGCAGCCAGAGAGGGGAAAAAAAAUUGGCACGUCUCGGCUCUGGGUCUUUCGGUUCUGCCUGGACCGGUCCCAGCAUGGGCGCGCUGAGCAAGGGUUUAAAUCCCGACUCGGGACCGACGCGGGUUGCAGUGUGAGCGAGUGUGUGUGUGUGUGUGUGUGUGUGUGUGUGUGUGUGUGUGUGCACUCGUCAAAUAAAACCAGACCUUGAGAAAUGCACUGUUUUGAGGAGGAACGGGGUGCUUGCUAACUGCUACAAGGUCAAGCAUGCUGAUUUUUUAAAUCAUGGGAAGGCAAACAGUAAUGUGCCAUUUUGUAGUCAGUGAUCUAAACACUGUCAAAAAAAUAAUUCACACCCAUGCAAGGGGGGGAAAGCACCUUUAGGAGAGUUGGUCCGUGGGGUAGAGUUUUCCCUAUGAUACUAUAUUUUGUUUCCACGAGCUCACCACCUGUGAAUCAUUUGGACGUGAGUUAUAGCUGUGUGGUCAGCAGAGAGUAAGAACAACAGGCGAUCUGUUGAUACAGUAGUACCAUGGAGACUUUCAAACAGAUAGUCUACUAGGAGCUACAGGCAAAACAUGACAAUGGAGGUUGUGUUUGUGUAAGUGAGUCUGAUUUUAAACAGACUGUGUUGGCCCUGGAGGACGAAGAGGAGAGAGAGAGAGAGGAAUUUAUUUUUUUUCUUUAAAAGCCAACGGUUUGUACUCUUGAGGUGUAAUUUUAAACAGAGACACUUACCAUAUGUGUUCCACAUCUCAGGAUACCUGAAGAGAUUAGAGCGAAGGAGUGAUGGAAAAAGAGAGAGAUGGAGAGGUGUGUGUGUGUGUGUGGGUGUGUGUGUGGUGUGUGUGUGUGUGUGUGUGUGUGUGUGUGUGUG